UUGGCGGUUGUCUGGCGCGCGCGCUCUGUGCUGCUGCUGCUGCCUCGGCCGCGGAGGGAGUCUGGGCGCUUGGCGGGGCCAUGGGCUGCUUCUUCUCCAGAAAGCGGAGGAAGCAGGCCAAGGAGCCCAAGCCCCGCGCCCAGGACGGAGAGCCCGACGGCACCGCCUUCCCGCAGGAGGAGAAGCAGGAGGAGGGCGAGGAGAAGGAGAAGCAGCAGCAGCAGCAGCCGCAGUACAGUUGGGACCAGAGAGCCAAGAUUGAUCCCAAAGAUUACAUGUUUUCUGGACUCAAGGAUGAAACAGUAGGACGUUUACCUGGGAAAGUUGCAGGUCAACAAUUUGUUAUUCAGGACUGUGAAAACUGCAAUAUCUACAUUUUUGACCAUUCUGCUACAAUUACCAUCGAUGACUGUACAGGUUGCCGAAUCUUUUUGGGACCUGUCAAAGGUAGUGUGUUUUUUCGUGAUUGCAAAGAUUGUAAAUGUGUAGUGGCUUGUCAACAGUUUCGUACCCGGGACUGCAGAAAGAUGGAAGUGUUUCUGUGCUGUGCCACCCAACCCAUUAUUGAAUCAUCUACGGGUAUGAAGUUUGGGUGUUUCCAGUACUAUUAUCCAGAGCUGGCUUUUCAGAUGAAAGAUGCUGGGCUGAGCAUCUUUAACAACACUUGGAGCAAUAUCCAUGACUUCACACCAGUCUCGGGGGAGAACAACUGGAGUCUUUUAGCUGAAGAUGCCUCAGUUCAGGAUUAUGUACCAUUGCCAGCUGUUGAAGAAUUGAAAGCUGUCAGGAUCUCAACUGAUACCAACCGGAGCAUUAUUCCAGUAACACAGGGGCGGCAUCACAAACACAGUGAGGAGUCCUGCCUUGCAAUAUUCUUUGCUGGGGAUUAUACAACUGCCAAUGCUAGAAAGUUAAUUGAUGAGAUGACUGGCAAAGGCUUUUGGCUGGUGCAGACCAAAGAAGUUCCAAUGAAAUCUGAUGAUGCUCAUCGAGUGUUCCAGCAAAGAGCAUCUGAAUUCAUCCCUUUACUUGAAAAAGGUCCUGUUGUUGCUCUAGAGUUCAAUGGAGAUGGUUCUGUAGCAGCCUGUCAAGAUAUUGUUACCAGUGUCUUCAGUGGAGCUAAAGUUUUUGUAUCUGAGGACAAGUCAUCUGCUUCAAGAGAAGUAGACAACUUUUAUAACUUUGCUGAUAUGCAGAUGGGAAUGUGAAGUAAACACAUCUUAUUAUCCCCUUGAAAUAUACAUUUGGUUUGUAUGGCACUUUCAAAUCGUAGUCAAAUAUUUUAAAGGAAAAGAAUUCAAUAUUUUCCUCAAAAUUUUUUUUAAAAAGGAAGGCAUCCCAUAACACCACCAUCCAAUUCAAAAACCUUCACCAAUCUAUUUUUAAAGCAGUUGGCUAUUUCUAUUUCUUUAUAUAUGGUACCUAUAUGUUAUAACAAGAUAACAAUUUCCACCUACAGAAAUCAGAAGGCUAGUACAGGUUGACAUUGAUUUUAGUCAGGUUGCAACCAAUUUGCAACUAAAAUGAAGUUUACCUUUUUUUAGAUUAGGUACUUUCCCUAAAUAGAGGUAUCAUCUUGGGAAAAAUAUCAAUUUUUCCACUGAAAUCCAUGAUUGAAAAGCUUUUAACUUUGGCAGUAUUGUUCUUUUUUGUUUGCAUUUAAAAAAAAAAAAAAGAGGGUUUAACAUUUUGCACAAGUCCCAUGAUUGUCUUUUAUCAUUUAGCAACUUUGGUGGUGAAAUUACACUGCGUUGAUAAACAGCUUCAGAAAUAAGAUUUCUAGAUGCACCCAUCUAGUGCUUCUGCUUCUGAUGCAAACAUCAAAUUCAGAGACUUUUCCCCCUUACUGCUCAUAUAGCCCCAAUAUCUGUUAUGCCGAUAAGAAGCAGGGUUUGCUUAUAUGGUAGAUGCUUGCGUUUCUGAUUUCCUCCUUAUGUAAAAUGUGAAGUAUAAGCUUUCAUCUGAAUAUCCAAAUGUUCCCUGAAAAUUUUGGGAGGAUUAAUGACUUUAUUAUGUAUGUUUGUGUCAUCUGUAAAUUUAAAAUUACGCAGAUGACAAUCUCAGAUGCACAAAAAAAAGUUUAUGCAGGGCUCUGAGCUUGUUUAGAAUGUUAAAAUUAAGGUUAUUAAGGGCUUGUACAGACUGACACAAUAUGGUGGCUUCAUGGCGGCGGGGUGUGUGUGGCAUUCAGAUGGCACACGUCCCCACGCUGCCAAGAAGCCGCACGUGCACCAGCUUCAUGGUGCUGUAGCGUCAUGGCAUUUAGACAGUGCUCCUUUUUGCGGUUACUAUUUACCAUUUCUUUUUUUUUGUGGCGGCAAAACACCAGAGCGGGGCCACAGUGUGCGGUUGCCAUGGCACCCACCCGGCUUUUACAGGGGCGGCAUCAUGCCACCCCUUUGGGCCAGUCUGUUUUGGCCCUAACUUUGAAGUUAAUUUGAUGAUUCAAUCAGUGUCACUUAUAAUAAGGUUACUAAAUUGGAAGUUAAUGUGAUGAUUCAAUCAGUGUCACUUACAAUGAGUGCAGCAGAUUUUUUUUUAGCUGGAAUGGCAGCUUGCUUUAAGUAAAACUGAGUAAAUAUAAUACUCAACAAGGACUGUAACUUUGUGGAAAUUUGUAGAAAUUGUGGUGUCAUGUACAAAUUGUAUAAUUAUCAGUUUACUUUCUGCAGUCUAAGAAUAUGUGUUGUCCAGAUAUUCUGUUUGUAAAUAAGGGUUUCUUUCCUGUUAUAGCACUUUCAUGCUGGAUAAAGAUUAUAGGAUUUUUACUUUUAUCAAGGGAAAUCUCUUCAAUGUGUAUUGAGAGCCAAUUCCUCCAAUCAAUGAAGGUUUUAUAUGACAUUUCCUCAUUUCUUUUUAUAUUUUUAAAAUUGAAGGAAUUUAUAUAGUUUCUGAAUAUUUGUGAAUUAAAUAUUACUUAUCUAACAUUGGUUGUUAAUGUAAAACUGUUUUGUUAUUUUUUUGGUAGUAUAUGCCAGUAAGUGCUUUAUCAGGGUUUUGUAUGUUAUGGCUUUUAUAUACUGCUUGUCUAGCACUUGUGGAAUGUGGUUUAUAAUAAAUAUUUACACAAAAA